AUGGCGGAGCGUGGUCAACUCCCUUUCCCCUCUAAGCGCCUCUGCUGCAGACCUGGCUAUGGCUUGGCGUGCAGGCUAGGCCAGCGGGUGGGCGGCACUGAACUCGGGAGUGGGGCGCUCUGCGCCGGACCUUCCUCCGCAGCUGCUACUGUAGCUGCUGCCGCCGCCGCCCUGGGGCUGCUACCGCUUGGAAAGACCCAGAGCCCCGAGUCUCUGCUGGACAUCGCGGCUCGCAAGGUGGCGGAGAAGUGGCCCUUCCAGCAGGUGGAGGAGCGGUUCGAACGGAUCCCGGAGCCGGUGCAGCGCAGGAUUGUCUACUGGUCUUUCCCCCGCAGUGAGAGGGAGAUCUGCAUGUACUCCUCCUUCAACACUGGCGCCGAGGAUCUCGCCACCGCCCCCGGGGGGGCCGUCGCCGGCACCGCGCCCGGCGGGGGCGCGGACACCGCCGCCGUCGACGAGAACCGCCUGCCUUUUCGCAGGGGCAUCGCUCUUCUAGAUGGCGGCUGUGUCGAUAACGUCCUGCAAGUCGGUUUCCACUUAAGUGGCACAGUGACAGACCCUGCAAUGCAAUCAGAGCCAGAAACUCUUUGCAAUGUAGCUAUCAGCUUUGAUCGUUGCAAGAUUACCUCAGUGACCUGUAGCUGUGGAAACAAGGACAUAUUUUACUGUGCCCAUGUUGUGGCACUGUCUUUAUACCGGAUCCGCAAGCCAGAUCAGGUCAAACUGCAUCUUCCCAUUUCAGAGACACUGUUUCAAAUGAACAGAGACCAACUACAAAAAUUUGUACAGUAUUUGAUCACAGUGCACCAUACAGAAGUUUUGCCAACUGCUCAGAAAUUAGCAGACGAAAUUCUUUCUCAGAAUUCGGAAAUCAAUCAAGUCCAUGGUGCUCCUGACCCAACAGCAGGUGCUAGCAUAGAUGAUGAAAACUGCUGGCAUUUGGAUGAGGAACAGGUCCAAGAACAGGUUAAACUCUUCCUCUCCCAGGGUGGAUACCAUGGAUCAGGGAAGCAGCUCAAUUUGCUUUUCGCAAAGGUGCGAGAGAUGCUAAAGAUGAGAGAUUCAAAUGGAGCUCGCAUGUUGACAUUGAUAACAGAACAGUUCAUGGCUGACCCUCGUCUGUCGCUUUGGACACAACAAGGAACUGCAAUGACUGACAAGUAUAGGCAGCUCUGGGAUGAACUGGGUGCUCUCUGGAUGUGUAUAGUCUUAAAUCCCCACUGCAAGUUGGAGCAGAAGGUCAGUUGGCUAAAACAGCUGAAAAAAUGGAAUGGUGUGGAUGUUUGUCCCUGUGAAGAUGGAAACCAUGGAAAUGAGCUGCCCAAUUUAACCAAUGCUUUGCCUCAGGGUGCAAAUGCUAACCAAGAUUCAUCAAACAGGCCACAUCGGACGGUGUUCACUCGAGCCAUAGAGGCAUGCGAUCUGCACUGGCAGGACAGCCACUUACAGCACAUUAUCAGCAGUGACCUAUACACCAACUACUGUUACCAUGACAACACAGAAAACUCACUCUAUGACUCUCAGGGGUGGCCCCUCUGGCAUGAACAUGUUCCUACAGCCUGUGCGAGAGUGGAUGCAUUACGAUCUCAUGGAUACCCACGAGAAGCACUGAGGCUAGCAAUAGCUAUUGUUAAUACACUAAGAAGGCAGCAGCAGAAACAGCUGGAAAUGUUCCAGGUUCAGAAGAAAGAACUUCUCCACAAAGGAGUAACCUCAAUAACAAAUCUUGAAGGUUGGGUGGGACAUCCUUUGGAUCCGAUUGGCACCCUCUUCAGUAGCCUGAUUGAAGCCUGCAGGGUAGAUGAUGAGAACUUCCAUGGAUUCUCAGACUUCACGGAGAACAUGGGGCAAUGCAAAUCUCUGGAGUACCAGCAUCUGCCUGCACACAAGUUUUUAGAAGAAGGGGAAUCUUAUUUAACGCUGGCUGUGGAAGUAGCAUUGAUAGGGCUGGGACAGCAACGAAUAAUGCCAGAUGGCUUGUAUGCACAAGAGAAGGUUUGUCGAAAUGAGGAGCAGCUCAUUUCUAAGCUACAGGAAAUUGAAUUGGAUGAUACUCUGGUGAAGAUUUUUCGAAAACAAGCAGUCUUCCUAUUAGAAGCUGGACCAUAUAGUGGUUUAGGUGAAAUCAUCCAUCGAGAGAGUGUUCCAAUGCACACAUUUGCCAAGUAUCUUUUCACCUCUCUCCUACCUCAUGAUGCUGAAUUGGCAUACAAAACUGCACUGAGAGCCAUGCGGUUGCGAGUAUUGGAAUCUACAACUCCUUUGGGAGAUAUGUCCCGUCCACACCACAUUGUAUCAGUUGUUCCAAACCGAUAUCCCCGCUGGUUCACCCUAAGUCACAUCGAAUCCCAGCAGUGUGAGCUGGCAUCGACCAUGCUAACAGCAGCCAAAGGUGAUGUUCAGAGGCUGGAAACAGUGUUAGAAUCCAUUCAGAAAAAUAUCCACUCCUCAUCACACAUUUUCAAACUUGCCCAGGAUGCAUUUAAAAUAGCAACACUCAUGGACAACUUGCCAGACAUCACUCUUCUGAAAGUUUCUCUGGAGUUGGGCCUUCAGGUGAUGCGGAUGACACUGUCAACACUGAAUUGGCGACGACGGGAAAUGGUGAGGUGGUUGGUAACAUGUGCAACAGAAAUAGGUGUUUAUGCACUGGAUAGUAUAAUGCAAAACUGGUUUACACUUUUCACUCCAACAGAAGCCACUAGUAUUGUUGCUACAACAGUGAUGUCCAACAGCACCAUUGUCCGUCUGCAUCUGGACUGCCAUCAACAGGAGAAGCUGGCUGGCAGUGCUAGGACACUUGCUCUACAGUGUGCCAUGAAGGAUCCUCAAAACUGUGCCCUCUCUGCACUGACCUUAUGUGAAAAGGAUCACAUAGCUUUUGAGACCGCUUACCAAAUUGUUCUAGAUGCUGCUACAACCAGCAUGAGCUACUCGCAGCUUUUUACUAUCGCACGAUACAUGGAGCACCGCGGUUACCCCAUGCGGGCCUACAAGCUGGCCACUUUGGCCAUGACACAUCUCAACCUGAGUUACAAUCAGGACACACACCCUGCCAUUAACGAUGUUCUCUGGGCAUGUGUGCUCAGCCACUCCCUUGGGAAAAAUGAACUAGCAGUUAUAAUACCUCUGGUGGUCAAAAGUGUCAAGUGUGCAACAGUACUAUCAGAUAUUUUGCGUAGGUGUACUUUGACUACUCCUGGCAUGGUGGGACUUCAUGGAAGGAGGAACUCUGGUAAGCUCAUGUCACUGGACAAAGCCCCUUUAAGACAACUCUUGGAUGCCACGAUUGGAGCCUACAUUAAUACAACUCAUUCACGUCUCACUCACAUCAGCCCACGACACUAUAGUGAGUUUAUAGAGUUCCUCAGCAAGGCACGAGAGACCUUCUUAAUGGCUCAUGAUGGACACAUGCAGUUUUCGCAGUUUAUUGAUAACCUAAAACAAAUCUACAAAGGCAAAAAGAAACUGAUGAUGCUGGUUCGUGAGCGGUUUGGUUAA